UUACUUAGUAACACACUAUUUCUUAACUCAGAAAGCGCCUAUUUCCACCAUCUUUGAUCGCAUAAACACGUGAGUUGCGACACGGACUGUCCCCGCACCAUGAGCACCGAAUCUGCGAACCCGACCUACAUAUACAAACUCAUCCCUUACACCGCGCCUCCUCCAACGCCUCUCCCGCCCGCGCUUCCCGUGAGCGAGCUUGACCAGAAAUCCGGGUUCAUCCACCUCUCGACGGCUCUGCAGAUCCCGGGCACGCUGAAACACUUCUUCACCGAUGACCCCAGCGUAUACAUCUUGCGCAUCCCUUACAGUGCCAUCGAGAAGGACAUCAGGUGGGAGAGCCCCGAUGCGAAGGUGUGCGGGUCCCGCCCAGGCGAGAGCUUAUUCCCCCACCUUUACAAUGGCCUGAAGCUCGGGCGCGACGAGGUGGACAGCAUGCAAGCGUGGACGAGGACCGAGGGUGGAGGGUGGGACGAAGCGUUGAAGCAGGCUCAGGAGUGGUUAGUCUUGUAAUAUGCUAGAAUGGCGAAACGUGUCUGUUAGGGUGAGACCAUGCUUUUCGUGACGUAAAACGGAGUAAUCACACAGGAGAAGGGAGGCCUAUUGCCUGCGACCACAUGCGUAGCAGGAUUCAAUCUGUACAGAUAAACCAGAGGUUCUGGCCCUUCCUCACAGACUUAACUGGAGUGUGUAUCAAGAUCUUACCAUGUAGGCUCUAAGUUAUCAUGGUGUUGAACACAUACUCUACCGCAACGCUGUUAACUACUGUACGUCAGCAAGAUCCUUCAGGGGUAUUGCAUCGCGACUUUUGUUAGCUCUCUGGCAAAGUAAC